GGGUUCCCCUCCUCGCCUGUUGUCUGAAUUCGCCCUGUGUACCAGCUGCUGUUGUGUGCGCUGGACUUUCCAUGCUCAUCUGUGUCCUUGGAGAGAGACCCCCUCCACAGGGCUUAUUAGUCCUUAGUGAUAGACAAGAGCCUUCCUACUGUGACUCAUAAGCUUGCCUUGAUUUAAGAUACAGUGUUGACUUGGAGACCAGAGCAAGCAGCACUUUGCAUUCCUCCCUCCUGCAAACAUUCAUUGAGGGCCGGGUGUUGGCUGGACCUCGCUGGAGCUGGGACACCCCCAUGAAUAAGAACAAGUCAGACAAGACCCCUUCUGCCCUGGGCUUUGGACGGUAUUGACUUUGACCCCAGGGACACCAGGACCUUAGGGCCUGGGAUGUCAUUUCAUGUGAGAGUGAGGGAUGGAAUGAGAGGUGUUCAGUUGGGAAGGGAGAAGGACUGACAGCUGCUCCCCAGUGGGGAGAGGGGUCUUGUGGAAGAAAAGUUGGCGCUGUCCUUACCUACAGGGGCUUGUAUACAGAAGGCACUCAAAAGAGCUUUGACUUGCAUAUAAGAAGCAUCUUUUGCCCUGGAAAAAGCCUGCCUGCGGAGGGGGAGCUGUACAGCUGUGCUUGAUCCCACGCUGGCUCGGUGGGGACGCGGAUGCAGGCAGCCUGUGGUCCUCAUCUUGCCUUCUGCCCGGCUGUGUACUUGUUUUCAAGUCUUGUUUUACUUAGGCUCUUCUGUGUUAAUGCAGGUCCUAAUCUGAAGGAGUGGCUGAGGGAGCAGUUUUGUGACCACCCGCUGGAGCACUGUGAGGACACGAGGCUCCAUGACGCCGCCUACGUGGGGGACCUCCAGACCCUCAGGAGCCUGUUGCAGGAGGAGAGCUACCGCAGCCGCAUCAACGAGAAGUCCGUCUGGUGCUGUGGCUGGCUUCCCUGCACACCGCUGCGCAUUGCGGCCACUGCUGGCCACGGGAACUGUGUGGACUUCCUUAUCCGGAAGGGGGCCGAGGUGGACCUCGUGGAUGUGAAGGGACAGACGGCCCUGUAUGUGGCCGUGGUGAAUGGACACCUGGAGAGUGCCCAGAUCCUCCUUGAAGCCGGGGCUGACCCCAAUGGAAGCCGGCACCAUCGCAGCACUCCGGUCUACCACGCCUCCCGCGUGGGCAGGGCCGACAUACUGAAGGCCCUCAUCAGGUAUGGGGCUGACGUCGACAUCAACCACCACAUUUUUCCUGACAUCCGGCCGCCCUUUUCCCGGCGCCUCACCUCCCUGGUGGUCUGCCCCUUGUAUAUCAGCGCAGCCUACCACAACCUCCAGUGCUUCAAGCUGCUGCUCCAGGCAGGGGCGAACCCCGACUUCAACUGCAACGGGCCUGUCAACACGCAGGGUUUCUGCAGGGGCUCCCCAGGGUGCGUCAUGGAUGCUGUCCUGCGUCACGGCUGCGAGGCGGCCUUUGUGAGUCUGCUGGUGGAGUUUGGAGCCAACCUGAACCUGGUGAAGUGGGAGUCCCUGGGCCCAGAGUCCAGAGGCAGAAGGAAGGUGGACCCCGAGGCCCUGCAGGUCUUUAAAGAGGCCAGGAGUGUCCCCAGGGCUUUGCUGAAUCUGUGUCGUGUGGCGGUGAGAAGAGCUCUUGGCAAGUACCGACUCCAUCUGAUUCCCUCGCUGCCUCUGCCAGACCCCAUAAAAAAGUUCCUGCUGUACGAGUAGAAGGCAGUGCAGCAGUGGUUUGCAGCGUGGAAGGAGGUGAUCUGCGAGGAAGCUGGACCUGCUUCUUGCCCCUGUGAGCCCAUCCUGUGCUGACAGAUCGUAUUUGGCUGUUGCUAGGCAGGUGGCCUCGUUCUUCUGGGUUGUAAUUCCAUCUCAGGUCUUGGACAUCGGACAGUCUCUGGGUCAUUAUCAGCUGAGAGGCUCCUACAGAACUUCAUGUUAUUCUUCCUCAGUGUCUGUUUUGGAUUUUCCCAGCUGCAGAUGGAUGAGUGGGCCUGGAAAUGUGUGCAAGUGCAGACUGUGGUCGGAGAACUCAGCACUUUCCGGAGCUGUGCUUCUGUCUGUGGUUUUACUUCUCAGUUUAAUUGUUUGAUUCAUCUUUCUGAUAUCAAAUGAAAAGGGAGUUUUUGAUAAAAAAGUGGAGUGCAGAAACACAGUUCAUGAACUUGCUUGUUGUCCCUUGCUCCUGGGGUUGACAUGUGACACAUGUCGUUUGCACACUCCUUCCUUGCCAGUUCAGUGUUCUUUCCUUGUGGUGGGGAGUCCUACUGUCUUCAGUCAAGGCUGGUUCCUGGCUGUGAGGAUUGGCUGUGUUAUCUCAAAGUCAGUGCCUGCAUUUGUUUGCAAUCAAAAGAGAUAGCGUCUGCAUUCCCCAGCGCUGUACCUGUUCUGGUACCUGACUGCUUGGCAUCGUGCCACAGGUCCCGAGUUUUCUGCCAUUUCACUCUGGGGAGCUUGCAGACAUCGUUUGGCCAAGGCCUGCCCAGCAGCAUCCACUGCCAGUUGCAGUGGGAAAAGAGACCUGCAGCGCUGCCUGUCUCCUAGUCCCUGCACACAUCAGCGUGGCAACCACCUGUCCUGGGUGCGGCCAGACUGUCAGCUGCUGGUGUCAAACACCUGUGGUUGGUGAUUGCUCUCUGUUUGGGACCUGAUGUCUUGGUGGUGUUCCUAGAACCUAAGUGGAUAGUGGUGAGGUCAGGUCUCCCCCUGGCCUGCUGGGGUGGUGGUAGGUGAGCGAAGUGAGUUGUCAUCUGACAUCUGGUCUGUGGGUGGGGCUCGCUUUCACACCUGGGCCCUAAAGGAGGAGUUUCAGGAGUGGUGCUUAGCUCACCUUUCAGCUUUUCCAAUCCUGGGUCCCCUUUUUCUGCUGCCUGUUUGGCUCAGGCGCUCUCCAGGUGAGCCAUGCUGCAGAGUUAUGUGUGCUCUGUGCCUGCCCUGUUGGGUGUUGUCUGCAGGGCCUGUUGAGGGCACAGCUCCCCGGCGCUGUCCUGCGUAGAGGGUGGCUGUGUUUGGGGCUUUCUGGAAAGCAGCCCCUGGGAUUGCUGCCAGCCCAGGAGCCCCCACGUGCAGGCACGACCUUCUGGCUGCACAGGGCUGGGCUCAGCUCUUCCUUUCCUGAGGACAGGUUGCUCCCUGGGUUCAGCUAUCAUCAAGUGAGUUUUUGCAGAAUCCCUAUGAUUUGGAGGUCAGCCUGCCUGAAACUUCAUAGCUGCCAAACAUGAGCCUGAGGACGGUGUGAACAGUCAGUUGCUUCAGGCCCCUCUGCUUGUUUAGAGUGACACUUUACUAAAGCUCCUUGUCUUUUGUUGGCAAGAGUGGGCUACGGAAUAGGAACAAUAACUUUCUGUCAGAGCACUUUAUACAAUCAUGUUUCUAAGCCCUGGGCGUCCAAGAGCUGAGGCUACUGCCUGGCCGGCCCAGAGCCUUCCCCAGGAAAGGGCACAGGCAACCAGUGGGAAGGAGCCGAGCCCCCAGCCUAGGCCGCGGGGCCUCUGACUGUCUCCGUAGACCUGAGCUGUGGGCCAUGGCUGCUGUGGACAGACGGGCUGGGGUGGGCAUGGGUGGGGGCAGCGUUGAUAACUCCGAGAAUUCAGCUUUGGCACCUGGGUGAGGUGUGGAAUGUAUUUCCCAAGUCCCCCCGUGUCACGUUUGUGCCUUUUCCUGUUGUUUAUUUAUAUAUUUAUUUAUGUAUACCUGGCUUUAUUCCGGAAAAGUGUUUAAGGCAGAGAUACUUGAGUUUUGGUGUUCAGUUUUGAAAUUGGAUAAGUAUUAGUCAAUGUGUACUUGUUAAACAGAUACUUUUAAGAAGAAAGGACAAUUAGCAGUUUCCUAAUCUAGAAUAUGUUUCUUUUAUCGGGGCUAGGUGCCAUCAUUUUAAGUUUUUUUCAUCUUCCAUGAAUUGAUUCUGCAAGUGAAUGUUUCAUGCAGAAGUAGGAAGAGGAACAGCAAGCACAGGACUGAGCAGAGCUUGCCCUGCCCCGGAGAAGCCUCUGCCUGGGCAGGCCCGUGGGCAGGGAGGCUGCGCUGAGCGAGGCUGUGCCUUCCCCACAGGGCUUACAAGGAGAAUGUGUGGGAAGCACUUUGUACUUGAGCAAUCCCUGUCACAUGUCAGCUGCUAUCCUGGUGACUGUGGCCCCUCUCACCAGUGAGUGAUGAUGAUGGUGCCAUAAGUGCCUGGGCCUUGGGGAUCAGGCUUGACUUUGUGUCCCCUGGGGUAGUGAGAGUCCUGGGGUUCACAGCUAGGUCUUGGGCACAGCGGGCUCUGUGCAGGUCGGAAGUAUAACUUAGAAAGUCCAGUUUAUUUAGCCUAGAGGGUUGUCUUAUUCUGAGAUUAUGUUCUUAAUUUGGGUGAUAAAAUGUCCUUUAAUGAAGGUGGCAAUAGGGGGCAAUUUUUUUUAAAUCUUGGUGGCAAAACAAAUUGUUGGCUACCUUUUGUCAAGCUGCAGAAUUUGUCAAGUUUGCCCAUCUCUGAAGUCCUGAAGUCGGGGACCCACAGUUCAGCUGAGGUGUGUUUACAUAUUGGUGAGAAAGUCUUCUUGGGUCCUGGAAAUGGCCUGUGCACUGUUGGAGGACAGUGUGGUGUUGCAGUUUCCUCAUGCAGGAGCUCUGAGGUCCCUGUGUGGCAUGGUCGGAAGUGCAUGCUACAUCCUGGCGAUGACAGGGCCAGCGUCCCUGCAGUGGUGGCUCGCUGACAUGAGAGACUCUCCUCUGCAUCUUGUGCAGAAUAUACUCUAUAUGCUCUCGGCGGUGGUAGGAUGGAGAAGUGAGGUGGGGAAGAGUGACUUCUGUUGCUUUAGAGUGUAAUUGCGCAGUGUCUGGAAUGCGUGGGUAUCCUUUCUUUUUAAGUUGCUUUGAUUUCGGAUCCCUACCAAGUAAUGUACGAAUGUGCAUAAAUCUAGUCUAAGUGUGGUGUUUACGGACACCACUCUCUCGUGUAUAAAACCACAAUGUGCUGCUGCAGUUCAGCCAGCAGAGUCUUGCCUCGGUGUGUGCACAGCUCCUGUGUGUCCGGGACGUGCCUCAGAUAAGGACUGCCCUGAGCACAGCGUCCCCUCAGCUUUGUGAUGAGUGUGUUUGACCACAGUGGCUGGGACCUACUGCUCUUGCACUUGUACCUGGUUAAGAACUUUCAAAACUACGAUGGACAUCUUUAUAUGUUACUGUAAAUUAAUAAAUGCUUUAUUCCCCUAUAA